AAGUUACUUUGUCCAUUGUGCACAAGAUGUUUGCAAGCGAUGAUAUAUGAAAUUGAAUUAUAUAAUCGUUAUAAAUACAUAUAAGAUGAAUAAAAUUGCAAAAAAAUUAUAAUAUAUUUUAAUAAUCGAAUAAAAAAAUAGGAUUAAAUUUUUAGGAAUAUAUUUAGUUAAUACAUUUCUGACUGCUUUAAUCUCCAAAUAGCAUGUUUUAGCACGUGAAUUAGUAUUUCUAUUUUCUUUUUUUGAAAGUAUUGUUGUGUAUGUGGAUAACGAACGAAGUACUCUAUAUAACAGAGAGAAUAAUAUCGUUGGUAACGUGAUGCUUUCGAUCUAAUUAAUAAUAUAUAAUCCGUUACAAUGAAACGAGUCAGGAGUUCCAGGAGUCAUAUCGAAGGAAAAAAUCAGGAGAUAGUAGCCUAGUAGUGAAGGAAAAUAGUACAGAUUAUAGGGUAUAACAUGACUUCAUAUAUAACCUUUCUAAGUAACGAAGGUUAGUAACGUAAACAAAACGGUCGUGUGCUAAACGCAUGGUGAGCGUAUGGGAUUAUAGAUAUUGACUAGGAACGAUAGUCAAUUGUUGGAUUCUACAAAUGAAUUUAUUUGUAAAAGUCUUUUCAUUACGUUUUGUCAAAAGCGUAUGCGACUUCAACGACAGUUAUUUAACGUCUGUAACAGAUGUAUUGACAUCUGUUCAAAAAACUGAAGAGAGUUUAAGAAGAUUGAAAAAAAUACGUGAUAAAUCGACAGGAGUGCUUACAUCAGAUGCUCAAGGAAUUAGCGAUGAUGAAAAAAUUCGUAUUCAGUUACAAAUUGAUGUAAAUGCAUACAGUGAAAUGAUUACUGAACUCGAUGUACCAGUUUCAGAUAUAUCUCAUUUACAAGAAUUAUCGCAAGCUGUUGAAGCAGCUCUAAAAAAAUAAUAUUUUAGAACUAUUCAUUAUCUCUUGCUUGAUUUAUGUGACUUUAGCGACGGGUGUAGGAAGAAAAAAAAUAAAAUCAUAUUAAGAGAACACUGUCCUUUCUCUUGAUUUAUUGUAUCAAUGUGUCUGUACUCCGAGUGAUGUAAAUUUUAAAUGGUCCAGAAGUUACAAACGUUUAAUGAAUGAAUAACGCGAUCGAAAUAACAAUGAAACAAAAACAUGCAAGUAUUACAGAUUAUAUCACAUCGAAGCUAAGAUCCUACAUUCUCAAUAAUACAUGUAUGGUAUAUCAAGAAACGCUGGGCUAUUACAUAUUAUACAUAAUAACGAGAGAAAUAAAAAUUGAUCUCAUUAACAGAAUAUGUAUGGACAUUAAGACUGUUCACUACCUUUUGUUCAAAGCGUGUGACUUCAGCGAUGAUAUGGACAAAAUAUGAAUUACAAAUGCAAGCUUACGGGGAACGCUGUCCUCACCUUCAUACGUCUAUCGUACGGUGUAUAAGCCUUGUUUGGUUAUUCCCCUCUUACGCAAUUAUGCUGGACAAAUCUCAUUAAAAUGAUCGAGUGAGCGUCUCCGUGCGAGGAUGGUGACACCCAUUUCUUUGCGUUUGAAAAUUUUCAAAAAAUUUGAUCAUCAGCUAUUUACGCAUACAAUCAAGUAGGUAAUGGCUGACCUCAUUCAAGGAUGAUAUGAAAAUCAGUAGUAAUGGUACGAGCUUCAUCUUUUCUGGCACAAAUUUCGAGAGGCGCCACAAUACUAAACUUUUUCUUCGUGAAAAAUAUCGAAAGCAACAUUUAGUCCAUCAAGAAGAACAGAAGUAAUUCUCGAUCAAUUUUGAUGAGCAAGAUUUCAUUUUAAAGAUGAAAGUUAAAUUUACGGCGCACUUUUGGCGCAGUUUUGAAAAAGCUUUUCAUUUGUGCAUAAACUAUUCUCGAAAAAAUACCAUUUUACACUAUUUUUUUUCAAAGAAAAUAAAGCUGUUUUAAAAAUCUGCCGCAAGGGUCUCGUAGAUUAAACCUUCG